AUUUAUAGUAUCUUUUACAGUUAAUCUUGAUACAAAUGAAUACCCAUUUUUCUGCUCUGCAAGUCCAAAAUCAUGUCAUCAAUACACUCUGUUCUAAGCUGUGCCUGUUUCCAGCUUCUGCUGCUCCUGUUUGUAGCUAAACAUGCAGUGUCAUCAGGCAGGAUUGCAGAAACUCUUCCAGGCUUCUCUGGAGCUUUACCAUUUAAGCUUGAAACUGGGUAUAUAACAGUAAAUGAAUCAGAACUGUUCUACCUUUUUGUGGAGUCCCAAGGAAAGCCUGAACAAGACCCUGUUUUAGUGUACUUGAUUGGAGGUCCUGGUUGUUCUGCUCUGAAUGGAUUUUUCUUCCAGACUGGUCCACUGAUUUUGAAUGAAACAGAUUAUGCUGGGGGAUUGCCAAAGUUAAUGUACAAUCCAUACACAUGGACAAAGACAUCUAGUAUAAUAUUCAUAGAUGCUCCUGUUGGCUCUGGUUAUUCCUAUGCUACAAGCUCUGGUGGUUACUACAUCACAGACACAGAAUCAGCAGCACAAACCUAUUCGUUUUUAAGAAAUUGGUUCAAUGAUCACCCAGAAUACAAAAACAACCGAUUCUUCAUAGCUAGUGAUUCAUAUUCUGGUAUAAUAACUCCAGUACUUGCUCAAGCAAUAAUAGACGGUAACGAAGCAGGACUGCAGCCACAGAUUAAUUUAGAAGGAAUCAUAAGUGGAUCUCCACAUAUCAGUCAUGCCCUAGAAGCAAAUAGCAGAAUACUUCUUUGUUACCAUUUGGGACUUAUAUCUAAAACUGUUUAUGAGUCAGCCAAAAACAGUUGCAAUGAGGAUUAUUUGGGGAUAGAUUCUAGUGCAGAAUGUUUAGAAUAUCUCGAAGAAAUUGACGAGUGCAUUGAUCCAAUUAAUGAGGAAAAUAUUUUGGAACCCAAGUGUGCUGAGCUAAUCCCAAAACAAUCAGAUGGUAAAAAAUUUCGCAGAUCCCUGAGAGCAACUUCAAGAAAUUCUCAUUUUCCAAUUUUGAGCCGUCAAGAUUAUUGGUGUCGGAAUUUUGAUUACAAACUUCUUGACAUUUGGGCAAACAAUAAAACCGUUCAAGAUGCACUACAUGUUAGAAAUGGAACCAUUAAGGAAUGGUAUAGGUGCAAUAAUUCCUUGGCGCACAAUACAUAUACGUAUAAUAUUGGCAGCGCUGCUGAUUAUUAUCAAAAUCUUACUAAUUCCGGCAUUCAAGUUCUGCUUUACAGUGGUGAUCAUGAUUUGGUUGUUCCAUACACAUCUACUUUGGAGUGGAUAGAAGAUUUAAAUCUAACUGUAGAUUAUGCUUGGCGACCAUGGUUCGUUGAUGGUCAAGUUGCAGGAUAUACGCUCAGGAAUGAGUAUCAUGGAUUCCGCAUAACGUUUGCUACUUUAAAGGGUGCAGGCCAUUCUCCUACUGAAUACAAACCGGUAGAAUGUUAUAAAAUGUUUGAAAGGUGGAUUCAUUACUAUCCACUGUAGGCAGCAACUGGUUAUGAGUACAUGAACGGACUUCACAAGUUACCAAUUUCAUGUAUAAAAUAACUUCACGUAUAUUGUGAAGUAACUGUUCAAAUAAAAGGUUCAUGAGAUAUAUUAUUAGCAUCGGUAAAUACUUGUCCGAUAAAAUUACUUGUUUUAGUAGUUGUUAAUUGUUUUAAUAGUUUACCAAAUAUUUUACUAACGUUUCGACGAACACUGUAUGAAAUAACAUUUUAUAAUCCA